AUGGAGAAUCUGCAGAUUUUUGUGGCCUCAUUGCCGACUGUUAGGAGAAAGCGAGUGUGCGGUAAAUGUGAAGGUGAUUUUGUGGGGUUGCUAUACACAUUGGUGAGUACGGAUGAUGAAAGAUGUGUUGAGGUAUGGCAGGUGAUAACAGCUAGCGUGAAAGGAGGUGAAGACUGGGAGUAUGAUGAGUUAAGAGAAAGAGUUAAGGUGGAUAAGAAUGUUAGUGACAAUGAGAGGAGGCAUUUGAUGCAAAUGUUGUGGGAUAGGCGGGGUGCAGUGAGUCAUGGAGACAGGGAUUUUUGGGGGUCUAAGCUUCCCGAAUUCAAGAUAGUUUUGGAAGACGAUACCCCCAUAUAUCAGCGUCCCCAACACUUUUCCCUGCCUAUUACCCAAGAGAUUGAGGAGCAGUGUGAGGAGCUUGAGAGAGUGGGAGUGAUAGAGAGGAGUGAGAGUGCCUGGAAUAACCCCAUAGUCCCUAUGCGUAAGCCGGAUGGGAGUCUACAGAUGUGUGUCAAUUAUAGGAGGGUGAAAGAAGAGACUGUGAAGGAGUGA